AUGGCCAUCGAUGGAUGGAUCAGGGAGGGGGUAAUGGCGAUCGCCUGCCUGGCUUUACGGAGGCGGGUAAGGAACGCCAUGGGCAGCGGCGUAAUUUCACCCGCCGGAGGGGGUGGUUAUUUGAAUAUGUUACAGCAACCAUAUUUUCCACCUUUGCAACAUUUUGGUGAAAAUUCCCAUUAUGUUGGAGCUACAAACAACUUGCAGCCACCAUCGCCUGCACCUGAACCACAUCCCAAUGGAAGGGCCAGCAUUGACCUUGAUGAAGAAGAUGGUGUUGACGCAAGUAGGUCAGUAAAGAAAAGAUAUUGGUCACAUGAAGAGGAAGUGAAACUGGCAAGUGCUUGGUUGAAUACUUCUAAAGACCCUAUUCAUGGAAAUGAAAAGAAAAGCGAUUCAUUUUGGAGUCAAAUCACUAAGGAGUUUAACCAGAACAAGCAACGAGAACAUCAUAGGGACACCAACAGCCUGAAGAUCCACUGGACACGCCUAAGCAAAAUGAUAAAUGAAUUCAAUGGCUAUUGGAUUUCAGUUUGUAAAAUGAACAAGAGUGGAUACUCCGACGACCAACUGAUGGAUGAAGCCCAAAAGAGGUAUGAGAAAAAGAAUGAAAAACCUUUCACAUUGAUCCAUUGGUGGAAGAUUCUAAAAGAUGAACCAAAAUGGUGCACAUUUGUUGCUCAAUCAGAGAAAGAUAAAAGCAAAAAAAAUGGCCAAGCCAUAGAUGUUGAUGGCACAGCUGAACAACGUCCUAUUGGGAGGGAAUCAGCCAAGCAAGAAUGCAGAGGGAAGAGGAAGGCAGAUCAGGUUAUGGAUGGUAUUGAAAUCCUUGGAGAAAAUAUAAACAAAAUUGUUGAAGUUACGCAAGAGCGUAAGAAGGAACGUGAACAAACGAUAGAGGCACAACUUGAGAUCUCUAGGAUGAGUUUGCAAACUGCAAAAGAACAUAAGGAAGCAAAGUUACUCGAAGCUUAUACUUCUUUGCUGGCUCGGGACACAAGUCAGAUGUCGGCCGAAGCAAAGAUCAGCCACGAGAAGACAUUAGUCAAGAUGGAGAAGAUGAUUUUUAAAAAUGAUGAUGAACCAUGA